CCGGCUUCGGGCCCUUCUAGCGUGGGGGCACUGGGAAGACCGAGCGGGCCGUCCCCGGGAGCCAGGCCGAGGAGGUCCCUAUGUUGACUAGUUGAGACAAAAGCAAAUAUGGCCCUCUACAGUUAUAAUUCACUCCUAGCCAUUGCCCGCACCAGAUUCUCUGGCCGUUUUGUGCAUCCUGCCUGCUCCUCUUACUCACCCUCACUUGGGUUUCUGCCCUUGCCGGGUUCCCGUUUAAGGACAUACAUGAAGAACCAUGAAAGCAGGAAGGUAUCCUGCCCCGGUCAGUUAGGCAAUAACACACUCUGCUCACCAACUAGACUAACACAAGAGCUGCACACAUCAGUGCCCUGGCUCCAAGAGGAUCCUGGUAAACCCCAGCUGAGGCAAACCACAGCAAAGCCACAGGUGACCAGCCCUGAGCCCACACGGGAAACUGGGGCAAAGGUUAAGGGCGGAAAGCGAUCGUACAGACAGAUCAUCGUGGAUGAACUCAAGUAUUAUUACAACGGAUUCUACUUGCUUUGGAUUGACACCAAGGUCGCCACCAGAAUGGUUUGGAGGCUGCUGCAUGGACAGGUGCUGACCAGACGAGAGAGACGGAGGCUAUUGAGAACUUGUGCUGAUUUCUUCCGCCUGGUUCCAUUUAUGGUGUUCAUAAUUGUACCCUUCAUGGAAUUCUUACUACCAGUGUUUCUGAAACUCUUCCCAGAAAUGUUGCCAUCAACUUUUGAAAGUGAAUCCAAAAAGGAAGAAAAACAGAGAAAGAAAAUGGCUGCAAAACUGGAACUAGCAAAAUUUCUUCAAGAAACAAUCACGGAAAUGGCAAGGAGGAACAGAGCCAAGUUGGGAGAGGCCUCCACACAGCUCUCAUCCUAUGUGAAACAGGUCCAGACGGGCCACAAGCCCAGCACUAAGGAGAUAGUUCGCUUUUCCAAACUCUUUGAGGACCAGCUCGCCCUGGAGCACUUAGACCGACCCCAGCUGGUCGCCCUGUGCAAACUGCUGGAACUGCAGACCUUUGGAACCAACAACUUGCUCCGCUUUCAGCUGCUGAUGACCCUGAAGUCUAUAAAAGCAGAUGAUGAAAUAAUUGCCAAAGAAGGCUUGGGAACUCUGAGUGUGUCAGAACUACAAGCCGCCUGCAGGGCUCGAGGGAUGAUAUCUCUGGGUCUCACCGAGGAGCAGCUGAGACAACAGCUCAUGGAGUGGCUGGAUCUCCACCUGAAGGAGAAUGUCCCUCCUUCUCUAUUGCUCCUGUCCCGCACCUUCUACCUGAUAGAUGUGAAGCCGAAGCCAAUUGAGAUACCUCAAAGUGGGGAGGCUCCGAAGACAGAUAUUCCUACGGCAUCGCCUGCUUCCUCUGAAUCAAAAGAGAACAUGGUGGACCCUGCCUCUCAGCUAAAGGGCACUAAGGAUGAAGAACUCAGACAAGUGCCACCACUGGUAUCACCACCUAUCAAACCGUCAACACCUAUUCCAUUACCUGAAGGACCCAUCAGUUCUUCUAAAGAAGCUACACUCCAAGCCGAAUCACAAAAGACAUCCCAGAACAGCAAGGCUAGUUCAAAGGGAGCCUAAGGACGCCGUGAGGACCAAGCUCGCUCUCUCCAGCUUCCAGCCCUCAGCAGCGGCAGCCAUCCGGGACC